AUGACUUCUGAGAUACCUUGGUUCAAGGGUAUGCUGAUUAACGCGACGUUCAACGACUACUGUGAUGGUGAGAAAUUCAAGCUUGAGUGCGGGCGAUUUCUCGAAGCCAUUAAGGACCACACCGAGGUCAACACGCUGGCUUCAGGGUGGAAAGACCUUUCGCGCCCUCCUGUCUGGAUAGACUACCGUGAAGUGCUCAUGCAUUGGGCGCACGCCAUGGGCUGGGUGUCAUCGUGCAAUGCGCAGGUGGAAGGCGGCCCGUACCACCACAUGUACGCGCAGGACGUUCAUGUUCUCUUCGGGCAAGCGUUCAACCAGGGCCGCCACCUAAUCAUGGCCUUGCCUGCGUCAGGCACCGUGCGCACGCUGCACACGCGCACACAGCGCCAAAUGCGCUCGCGACUGUCGUCCCCGCAGCCCGGUCCAACAGAGCACGCUGAAGAAGAUCUGGAUGGUCUCUCGCCACGCACGCGCUCGAUGACGGAGCUAGUGGCGAGUACCCGUGCCACCCAAAUGCCUACCAACUACGCGGGAGGGAGGGGUCCGCCAGCAGCGCAACCUGCGGGCGCUUCUGACCAGCGCGAUGCUGACGGUGCGGUUGAGCAUGGAUGGGCCGGGGAGCCCAUGCCUCAGGAUCUGGGGGCCGCCCAUGCGCUCAUCCGCCGCCAGGAUCGCGAAAGGGCGCGCCUGGAGAACCAGCUGCGAGACUACGAGGCCAGGCGACGGUGGGCAAUGCAUGUCAAAUGA